AUGGGAAGAAGCAAGGGACUCUCAUCAGCAGCAGCAUCGUCGUCCACCUCAACACCCCACCUCUCCUCCGUGGACUCCUCCCACCUCCUACGCUCGUGCAGAAGCCUCCGCUCUCUCCUCCAACUCCACGCCCGCCUCGUCGUUCGCGGCGCCAUCUCCGCCGACUCCGUCCGCACCCUUCUCCUCAACGCCUACUCCUCCUUCCGCCGACCCGACUCCGCUCUCGCCGUCUUCAACUCCUCCCCCGACCCCGACGCCGUCUUAUGGAACUCCCUCAUCCGAUCCUACACCACCUCCGGCGACUGCGACACGGCGAUCCGCUUCUACCGUCGAAUGCUCGGGUGCAGAACCCGACCCGAUAAGUACACCUUCACCUUCGCCUUGAAGGCCUGCGCCGGCGCCCUCGACUCUGAAACUGGCGCUCUGAUCCAUCGCGAGAUCGCGCGAAGAGGGCUAAUCGGCGACGUCUUCAUCGCGACCGGCCUUGUCGACAUGUACUGCAAAUUGGGCAUGAUUGCGAAGUGGUAA